AUGCAGCCGGCCACUAUGGAAGAGUACUAUUCCGACCAGAUCAAGACUGGCAUUUUUGAGCGUUUUAUCACGUGCGGUAACAGUAACUCCAAGCAGCUUUACAUCAUCAACAUGUCGACUUACAAGGCUUCUUCCUCUCUGGGUAGCGAUGCGUGGCUUGGCGCUAGCCAAUACGAACCGGGAAGUGAAUGGCAUACGCGCGCGAUCAACUUCUUCAAAGCUGUCAACUGGGAUGCGCUCGCUACCAUCGCUGCUCAGCGCAGGGGCGGAAUUUCCUGCACUGUUGCUGAGAAGUUCUCGGUAGGGCAUUUUAACAUGGCCCGACGACUUGACUUUGUCGAUGGUGUUAGUUGGAUAGCGAGGGUUCGAUUCCCAAGUAGCGCCGCUGCUGCUGCUCGUGAGGCCUUGUCAGAGGCCAAAACAAUGGAAAUUGAGGUUGCAACCAUGAAGUUUUUCAGAUCGAAAUCUUGGAUUCCAGUCCCAGAAGUUCAUGCGUAUAGAUUUUCCGCGCACAAUGAAGUCGGUGCUCCUUUUAUUCUGAUGGACUAUAUCCAUGGCAAUGUCGCGUCAGAACUACGUGAACAGCGCGACUGCGACGAUGGUCUCUUUGGCAACCCUGAGCAAGACCGCAAGUUUAGGGAGCAAAUGGCGCGCAUUCAAGCCACCGUCUCUUCGUUCCAGUUCCCAAAGAUUGGUAGCAUCUACUACAACGAGGAUAUAGACGAUUUCUAUAUUGGGCCGGAGUUACAGACUGGCCGUGGGCCCUGGACAUCCUCGGCAGAAUACUACGAUGAUCUAGCCCUUCAUUUGCUGAAAUCGACGUCUGAAGACUCCCUACGGCAACGCCGAUCCUUUAUGGUACCGUCUAUUCUGAGCUUCAUGCUCCGUGUUUACGGUGAAGAGAAAGACGGGCCAUUUCGAUUGGCAAAUCGGGAUUUUGGCACGCACAAAAUUAUCGUCGAUGAUCAUUUUGACAUUGUUGGUGUUAUCGACUUUGAUGGCGUCAUGGCUGCACCGCUCGAAGUUGUUGCUCAGUACCCUGCUGACUGUUCUCUUGACCUCCAGGCGCCCGGAGGGGUGGAAACACUCCCCCUUGCAUUAGAACGAUUUGCAGAAAACUUGCCUAAGCUGGAGGCUUACAAGGAAAUAUUGGCCAAAUGUGAAGGAGGUGCGGGCGGUAAUGUCAAGGUUGCAGAUCGCUUGGGUUGCACAGCCGCGCGUGCCUACGAAGGCAUGGUAGACUAUCAGUCUCAGCAAGACUUUGUGAAUGAUAAAUGGAUGAAAUCGUGCUUGCAGAUGCUGCAUGACCAGGUAAAGAAAUAG